GCUCUCAUUGUAUAGAGCGCAGCAGGAGGACUAGGAGCAUAGGCUCCGCUUAAGCUUCAGCUCAGGGAAGAUAGAUUUCCCAUGAUUCUCUCUCUCUUUUUCUCUCUCUCCCUCCCUCCCUCCCUCCCUCGCUCUCUUUUUCUGUCUCUGUCCCCCCCCUUGUCUCUAUCACAUGCUCUCGCUUGUGCUGCUUCCUGCUGAUUCCCACCCCAAGAGUUCCUUUUUAUUCCCCUCUUUUGUUUUCUUUCAAGACCUUAAAGGAUAUCCAGUCGCGCAUCACUGUGCAAUAACUGCACUUUAUUUUCUGGGAUGUUUACAGAUGGUUUUUAUUGACUAAAAUGACAUGCUUUUUUGCAUUUGAUAUGAGGAGAGAGAGGGAGCGUAUUGCUAUCCGUGUCACCCUCUGAAUAUUUGCUGCAGCUGCUGGCGAGCUGCUCGCCAAGAAGCCACUGAAUAUGUGGUCACCCUGAGCAAAAAAGGGAAGGCAGUGAAUGGAUUUUCUUGCAAUGGUUCUCUGCGUCUGACAAUGUUCCAAAUCCAUCUUCCACACAGGAUCCCGUUCGUUUCCAGUGCUUUUUGUCUUUAACAGGAUUGGGUUUUUUUCCGUGCUGAGGAAUUUUGGAAUUGUUUUCUCUUCCAAAGUGGAGGCUCACCAUGCAAACGUAAAUGCCGGAUCCAUGUAUUAACAAGCACUUUUGGUUGUAAACAUGCUGAGCGGUGUCCUCUUUCUGAGCGUCCUCACGGUCACCAGCCUGUCGCCAUCUGAGACGGAGAGCCGCAAAACUUCAGCCUCCAAAGAUAUCUGCAAGAUCCGCUGCGCCUGCGAGGAGAGAGAGAACAUUUUGAAUAUUAACUGUGAGAAUAAAGGAUUUACCACCGUCAGCCAGUUCCAGGCACCCCCAAAUAAGAUCUCACAGCUUUUUCUAAAUGGGAACUUCCUGUCUCGUAUUGGUGCAAAUGAGUUUGUCAAUUAUGGCAAUGUCACCUCUCUGCAUCUGGGCAAUAAUGGAUUACAGGAGAUCGGGAGCAAUGCUUUUCAGGGGCUGCGCUUCUUAAAGAGGCUGCACUUGAACAACAACAACCUGGAGGGGAUAAAGGAGGACAUGUUUGCGGGACUCGAGAGUAUGGAGUAUUUACAGGCAGAUUAUAAUUAUAUCAGCACCAUUGAACCAGGCGCUUUCAGUAAGCUGAACAAGCUUAAAGUCUUGAUCCUCAAUGACAACCUCCUGUUGUCUUUGCCUCCAAAUAUCUUCCGCUUCGUGCUCCUUACCCAUUUGGAUUUACGUGGCAACAGGCUCAAGACUUUGCCCUUUGCAGGGGUUCUGGAGCACAUUGGUGGGAUCAUGGAGAUCCAGCUGGAAGAAAACCCGUGGAAUUGUACUUGUGAUCUGAUUCCUCUAAAAUCCUGGUUGGACACUAUUUCAGUCUUUGUGGGGGACAUUGUAUGCGAGACACCAUUCAGGCUCCACGGUAAAGACAUCACGCAGCUGAUAAAGCAGGAUCUGUGCCCACGCAGAAAUGCUGGCGAGCGUGCUCACCCUGCCUCUGACUCUCACUUCCAAGGGGCGCUGCCCGCAACCUACCUCCCCGGCAUGAUCUCCCCCACCCGUCUCCCUAAAGCCUCGCGACCCCCUAAAAUGCGCUACCGGCCGACUCCUCGCAUCGCAAAGGACAAACACGUCUUUGGGCCUAUAAUGGUUUACCAGACACGCUCGCCUGUGCCUAUUUUGUGCCCCAGUGUGUGCGUGUGCACAUCCCAAAACCCGGACAGUGGGCUGAACAUCAACUGUCAAGAGCGGAAGUUGCAUAACAUCAGUGAGUUGAACCCCAAGCCCUCGUACCCAAAGAAACUGCACCUGACCGGUAACUACCUUCAAGUGAUCUACAGACCCGAUCUGACGGAGUACAGUCUGCUGGAGCUGCUUCAUUUAGGAAAUAACCGGAUCGCGGUGAUUCAGGAAGGUGCAUUUGAGAACCUGACAAAUCUGAGGCGGCUCUAUCUGAACGGGAAUUACAUCGAGUCGCUUUCACAAUCGCUUUUUGCCGGCCUGCAAUCGCUCCAGUAUCUGUAUUUGGAAUACAAUGUCAUCAAAGACAUUUUACCGCAGACCUUCAACGCUUUACAUAACCUUCAGCUGCUUUUUCUCAACAAUAACCUGCUGAGAUCACUGCCUGACAACGUCUUCGGGGGCACCAUGCUAACACGACUCAAUUUACGGAAUAAUCACUUCUCCUAUCUGCCCGUUAAGGGUGUGCUUGACCAGUUAUCGGCAUUUAUCCAGAUUGACCUCCAGGAGAACCCCUGGGACUGCACCUGCCACAUUGUGGCACUCAAAAACUGGAUGGAGCUGUCCAGCACCAGUGUCGUGGUUAAUGAAAUCACUUGUGACUCACCCUCUAAGCACGCUGGUCGCCUGCUGCGCUCACUGCGCAAUGAGGCCAUCUGUCCCGAGCCAAGCCAAGAGCCCCCACCUCAAUAUGCCCCCCCUACCAAAGCCCCGACACUUGUGAGUCCCAGUACUGAGUCACCAACACCCUCUUCCUCCUCUUCUUUCAGCUCAGUCAGACCCACUGAAUCCCGACUGCAAACCCCUGAGCUGCAUCCAGAAGUCCCGCUUUCAGUUCUCAUUCUAGGGCUUCUUAUUGUUUUCAUCCUGUCAGUCUGUUUUGGAGCAGGGCUCUUUGUCUUUGUUCUAAAACGACGCAAAGGGGUGGAACAUGUCCCAACGGGCUCUAACAAUAUAGAUCUGAACUCCUUCCAAGUGCAGUAUGGCUCCUACAAUCCAGAACCAACCCAAGAUAAAAAUUCCCAAAGUCAUGUGUAUAAUUACAUCCCCCCACCCAUGGGUUCCAUGUGCCAAAACCCAAUUUACAUACAAAAAGAUGGCGAGCAGGUGGCAUUUUACCGUAACCUCAAGGAGCUAAGCUUUGGGCCUCUGAAUGCGAAGAAAGAUGAUAUUCUUACACGCAGCCCGGGAGCUUUUACCAUCGGCGCAGUGGAUUUUAAGGACAAAUCGCCAACAUCGCCGCCGGAGAUGUUAUAUCAAAAUGUAGGCGAGAGGCCCAACAAGGAGCUUCCAACAGCGGCUGGUACCUCGCCCUUCAGUUAUAAUUUCUGCACUUUACCCAAGAGACCUUGCAUCGUGCCCCCCUACGAGGCUGCCACAGCCCCGCGACAUAUCACCAACCAAGACAGGUUAAACAAAACUGUGGUGUACGGAACCCCCAGGAAAUGCUUUGGGGUCGAGCUCCCUUCCAAAAACAGUGAGCACCAAUUUCUUCUUCAUGGGAAGCUAAAAACAGAACCGGACUAUCUGGAAGUUCUGGAGAAACACACGGCUAUGAGCCAGCUGUAAGAUAAUGAUGUAAUAUCCUCCCAAGCUCCGCCCCCUCCACCAAUGAUCUUUGCAACAUUCAUAAUAAUCAGCAACUGUUAUUAUAGCCCACUAUAUCGCUGUCUUAUUUCUGUGUUGAAGCUCAGAUGAUGGACGGAAAACAAACUUAUUUUUACGGAUUACAUCUCUUCUAUUUUCUUUCCAAUAUGUAUAAAAGAAGUAUAUUAGAAUCCCGUUCUAUUUUUUUUCUUCCUAGAGAGUAUAAAUUAUUCCUUCUUCCUUCCUCAAAGUAAAUCCCUGAAGACCUGAAUGAUGGCAAGACUGUGUAAAAUAUAUGGCCUUGUGCAUUGGUUUUAUAACACGGAAUUUUAUUUUUCCCAAGACAAAGAAAAUAUGAAUCAAUGAGUCUUUGUAGAUGGAGAAAAAGCUGCAGAAUGACAUUCCUGUACAUACAUAGACUGCACAUAUAAAAGGUGAGCGUUAACCCAUCAAAAAUAACCUCUUGAAAUGUACUGAGCAAACUCACUGCAUUCACUCCAUGUGCCUUUGCACUCUGUUUUUUUGUCAUUGAUGUUCUCUGCUGAUUGAUUUUAACUGGAAAGUGUAUUUUAAGGAAGCAAAUCUUUAUGUAAAUUUUUAAAACAAUAUAUUUGUCAGCUCGGGAAAAAAAGCAAAGUAAAUGUACUUGAAAAUGGCUGUGACAUGCUCUAUAUCUUUUGACGAGGACAUGUAUUUUAAUUCAGUAUUGUCUUUGGCUAUGUACAACUUUGAAACAAACAUUGUAUGCUAUAAGGGAGCAACAUAGAAUGGUACAAUUGCGCCAUUAAAUUUUCACUGAGGCACUUUGUCAAGAUCCUGAGGUUGAGGUGCAUUUUGUUUAGACCUCGUGAUUAUUUUUGGAUGCGGCUCACGCUGUGAGUUGCUCUAAUGAGGGUAUGUACGUGUGUGUGCGCGCGUGUGUGUGUGUGUGUGUGCACACAUGCGCGUGUGUGUGUGGUGGGAAGCAGAAAAAUAGAAAAUAAGAGCUUGCCUGCAGCUCGUGCUUCCUCUCUCUCUCUCCAGUGAAACGUAAUGACACUUUCUUCUAAAGUUCAAUGAAAUUUUCAGUUUCCCUUUUCUGAAGCUGUAUUCAAUGUUUCAGAGAACUAAGUGUCUCAUGUAUCAAAGAUAGAAUGUAGUGCAGUUUAAUAUUGAUAAGAGUGCGUGUCAAAAUGCAAUUUAUGAGGGGGCGAGAAACUGUUCAAGAUUUGUAGAUGCAUUUCUGGAAGUGCUGAUUUGUUGGUGUCUUUCUCACACAAGGACACACGCAUACAAAAUCUUUAUGAGCAACCUGUAGUGGGGAAGUGAAAGAAUGUUGGCCUCUUUAAAUGAGCACUGCAAUGCAACACAAAAACUCUGGAAUCUGCCAUGAAAUAGAUUAUCCACAUUUUAAAAUAGGACUUUAUGCAAGUGAGAAAACCGAGCUUAUGUGGUCGAUUUUAAGCCUGCUGUCGUCGAGAGUGACAUGGAGGAACCGUUUUCCCGCAUGAGGUCAUUUUCCUCUGUCACUGGCCUUCAAAACUAAUCCCACCCUUCUUCUGUUCCACCACAAACUCACUCCACCGUUUCCUGUGUCUUUUGUUCCCGUGUUUUCAUCCUCCCCCGCUGGAUCCGCGCUGUCCAUUGUGUAUCUGUCCGAGGUGCUGAAAUGCUGUGCAGGAGGGCCACGCACCAAUUUGAUGGCUGAGCCAAAUUCAAGGCUUGCGUACGAGGAGCCAACUAUGGGUGUAUGUCUUUGAGAUUCAGGUAGCAAAAAAAUAUAUAUAAUAAUCCUGCUUUGGAUUUUAAGAUGUCAGGAUGACAGUGACAAUCUGUGAAGGAACUAUUUACGGAAAAUAGAUCUGGCUAACCUUGAGGCCAUUGUGAGAGUGAGAGAGAAGGUUGCAUGUAAGCUGGUUGUUUUCCAGGCUUGUGCGUGUGUGAAUUUUUUUUUCUUGUUGUUGUGACAUGCUGAAGUAAUAAACACAAAUCAAUCCGUGCUCAGCUUACAUCAGCAGCCCAAUCUGAAUCUGCUCUUAUUUGAUGUUAUUUUAGUAUAU